CGAGACCUGAGCUGUGUAAAGGUGUGAGAAUUGCCGCUUUAGGACUAGCGCUGCGGCUGAGCGAGUCUGACCGCUCGUUGUAUGUCAACGCGUGGAUGCCUCACACCGCACCGAAUCUUGAGCCUCUUCAGCAAGCCUCUGUGUUUGUCGAACGCGGAUAUCAGCUGGGUCUUACUCUAAAGCAAGGAUCAGUGGGAUAUGGUGGAGUGGCUCUGGGAGCCGCAGAACAGUACCUGAUGAAGCGACGUGCAGCUAUUGAAGCAUGGUUCAGUUUAAAGAGGCGGAUCACCAUUGAUCUCAAAUCGUCAUUCAAAAGCAACACUUCGACACUUCUCCCCAGCUCCUUACCCAAGCAUUGCCCUUGCCAUCAAUAUAUAUUUGCCUCUGCCACUCCACACCUUCGACCCAUCCAAGAUGAAGACGACCGCUUCGUUUUUCUUGCUCGCAGUCAGCUUCUUAGCUGCUGCCGCAGCUUCUCCCUCAACUUCUGCGCUUUACACGCUCAGCAUACUUGGCCAAGAUCCAAAGCUCAACGGUAGCGCAGUCGUCGUCAAGGAUGAGUCGGGCGCGAACACGUUCCCCAACCCUCUAGGCAUCUUUUCCACUGGCGAGCCCCACCAUCCGUACACCUUUACGGUAGCGACCGUAUCAGAGAAGGACAACCUGUACGAAGUCAAGAGUACAGUCAGCCAAAAGCACCUCAUUCUGAACGGCGACCCCAUCGCUCCUCAACUCUUCGAGGUGCCUGUUGGUGGAGACCCGGCCGCUGCUCCCAAUAAAACUAUUACUCGCACCAAGUUCCUCAUCUUGAACGAGUUCGACAUGAUGGUCCUCAAAAGCGCAGAGGAUACAAAGAAUUCCAAUGGUGAAUUUCAAGGACAGGGAUCCUGGCGUGCAUGCAAUAGAAGCACGGCAGAUUACCAGUUGUACUGGUUUGAUGGACUCUCCAACCUGACUGCACUUCUCGGCAACUGCGAGGGCGUUCGUCUUGUGCUCGAGAAAGCCAAGCCUAGCGCUUCUUCUAGUGUCGUACCGCCUACAACCCUGUCGACUAGCCGGUCCAUCACAGACGUGCCUGCGUCCACCGCGGCCACGAGCGGCAGCAUCACCGAGGUGUCCACUGCCACUACAAAGCCUACCACCACCAUCCCGGCACCGACGCCCACGGCCGUUGCUCGGGUCACGAUUCGCAUCUUCAACGACCAAAGCGGUGCUAACGCGGAAGCCACCAUUUUCGCUGACGGCUCUUCGCAUAGUAUUCCAGAGCUCUUCCGCGGUACUGCGAUCGACAUCACGGGUAGCAUUGUGGGUACAUCCGCACAGCUCGUCGGGUUCUCGGACAGCACGCGGUGCUCGCUGGUGAACCUCAAUGUCCGGGACUGGGUCGUUGAGCUCGACGGGCGCGCGAAGAACUUUGCUGAUCUUGACCAUGAUCAUUCAAAGGCGGCCCCGGUAUGGCUCGGUGGAUUCACGUUCCAGUGUCGUCGGGCUUGAUUGCGGUGAUGCUAGUUGGGAUUGUGGCGGAUUCCUGGCUCCUUGUGUUGAGGGCGCGUUUCCAUUCUUUCUUUCUUUGGACUUAGUAAAGCGCGUGAUUGAGGCAUACAAGCAUAGACUAUAGACAUCGAAAGUGGCAAAUUCAUUUUCUUCUUGAAUUUACCAACAACGCAAAUAGCCCAAGACGA